UUGACAUAUUGCGUUUCAGAGAGAGAGAGAGAGUGAGUCCCUUGAGAGAGGUCAGAGAUCAGAGGUUUAAUGGCAGCGAAGAAAUGGGAAGGUUGCUUGUAAGACUUCAAGGCUCAUUACCUACAUCGAUGGUCCUUCGACGAUUCUGCUUCACCUCGAUCGUCCGCUCAGACCUUCACCUUCUUCCAUUGCCCAGAGAAAUCUCUGGCCAUCUCUCGGUUCCUUCCAAAGCAAGGCUAUCCGAACGAAGUCUGUUGAGAUUUGGAUUCCAAAGGGAUAAUAACUUGAUGCUGAAUUGCUAAGAGGGCUUGAAGCAGCUUUAGGUUCACCCUUCAGUUCAGAACCAUUAUCACCAGCUCCAAAUCCUCGAAUUAUUGUUAUCAGUGGACCUAGUGGUGUUGGCAAAGACGCUGUCAUCAAGAAAUUACAAGAAGUUCGGGAGGGUAUUCAUUUUGUUGUCACAGCUACAAGCCGACCAAAACGACCAGGUGAGGUGGAUGGAAAGGAUUACUACUUUGUUUCAAAGGAGGAGUUCCUUUCAAUGAUCGAUAGGAAUGAACUCUUAGAGUAUGCUCUGGUGUAUGGAGAUUACAAAGGGAUCCCAAAGCAACAGAUCAGCGAUUUCAUGUCCAAGGGGUUUGACAUUGUUCUGAGGGUGGACAUACAGGGAGCUGCAACUCUCAGAUCUAUUCUUGGGAAAUCUGCUAUCUUCAUUUUCCUUGUUGCUGAAAGUGAAUCUUCCCUUGUGAAGCGGCUUAUUGAUCGUAAAACAGAGACCACUGAGGCACUUCUUGUGAGGGUUGCUACAGCUCGUGAGGAGGUGAAACAUCUCAAGGAAUUCGACUAUGUGGUUGUGAAUGCAGAAGGAAAGCUUGAGAAUGCAGUUAAGCUAGUUGAGUCUAUAAUUGAUGCAGAGAAGGCUAAAGUCCAGCAACGUACUGCUGCUAUCUAAUUUGUAUGGUGGUUAUCAGUGUCUAUAACAGGUCUGACCAUCUACGCCCUCUAAGGUACGGGAGAUGACUUAUCAUACUACUGAUUUGAGUGGUCGGUAGAGGGAAGUCUUGAUCUGUCGAAGUAUGACUGACAGUUGCAACUCUUACUGUUUGAUAAACCAGAACGAGUAAUUUGAAACAUUUUGCAUCUUCUUCAACACAUGAUUAUUGAUCAGUCAUUUUGAAGCCUGAUAACAUUCUUUAGAGAUUGCCCACCAAUUUUCAUCUGUUGUUAUGGGCCAGCAGUGUAGGCAUUUUCUUAGAAGAGGAUAUAUGAAGACUCCUUUAAUGGCUGUUCUGAUUUGAAGUUUUGAAAAUGAUCAUGUAAGGCCAGCA